AUGUCAAGUUUUGCCUCCACAUUCGGUGGACUACUGGACAUCAAGACUGAAGACUCGGAGUCACCAGUUGAGCUUGAUAUGACCGGUGUAAAGACAGAGGUUGCUAAUGCCAGCAAGGCCUUGGCCAUCGUUCCAACCAAGAAGCACAAGGCGGACAACAUCAUUUUCAUCUCUGAAAGUGAGCCUGAAGAUUCUGGCGAACCAAGGGUUUCAGCAUGCAAGCGGCCCCACAAAAUUGUGCGUCAUUUGACCACCACCAGUCCUGAUGCUUCUGCAUCGCCAUCAAAUCAGAUGACUUUGUCAGCCACACUGGACCACUUUCUCAAACCAAGAAGCCGGCUGCCAUACUGCAAGGCUCCCUCACAUCAUCAACUUCCUGAGGUCACUCCCAAUUCCACUCCCCCUGUCACGGCAGUCGACGGUCCUGUCACCACCACCAUCAACAGCACCGCCACUACUCUUGCGCCCAUUCUGAAGCCUCCAGGGAUGUCCUGUUCCCAGCACUUCUUCACAAUCGCGACAAGCAUUGAUGCCCACGCCAUGGAAAUCUCCUCCAGUGUUGAGUUUCAUUUAUUUAUAGACAUGAGGGUGGAAUUUGCAUGGAUAUCUUUUAAGAUGAUGCCCAAACAGUGGGCUGUAGCUACAGAGUCUUACAACAACCGCCUAGAGGAGAAGAACUGCACUGAUGGGCACAAAACAGUGAGAAAGAACCCCCAGGCCCUUCUCCGAAAGCUCGGUGACAUCAAAGUGGUCGUGAUGAAUCACAUCGCAAAGAACAACUUUAAGUCUUGUUCCAGCUCAGAAAAAUUCUGGAGAAGACACUGUCAUGUCAUUGAGCUCAUCAAGACCGAGUCAGGGAAGAAGAUUUGCAAGGCCCACACAUGCUCCCGCUGCAAGACAAUCAUGUACCCCAAUGGCGCCAAGCAGGUGUCCCAGAAUGAGCCACCUCUGCCCUGGCCACAGCCACCAGGCAUCUUCUCAGAUGGCAAGCGCUUCCACCCGCGUGCCUUCCUUGAAACGGUCAAGCAAAUAUAUGAACAGGUAUUCCUUCGACCAUCCGGUGAAAGUCCUGCACUCGAGCAGGAAGCAUUUGCGACGAUGCUGCUUGACCAGUUGACUACACUUGAUUCAGGGACAGUGCUGUUCAAGUUGUAUGAGGAGCUUGAGAUCGACACAACGACACCAGACGCACUGUUGACGGUGCACAAUGGCGCCAAGCACCUUCACAUCGAGUACCUCCAGGAGCACUGGGCCUAG